AUGCCAUCGCACGCUCGGUCAUUCAGUAAUGACCGUGACUUUGCCAAACUCGAACCUAGAAAGAAUCGUCGCUCCUUCCCCAACACUGUCGACGACGACGACGACGACGACGGCGUGCUGAACAGCUAUCCUCCCACCACCUUCUCCUCCCAACAGCGCCACCUACUGUCUGCCGGACGCUCGGCCUCUGCCUCGGCCUCUGCCAGUAUGGCCGCCGCCACCGACGACCUGUACCGCGAUGAUCCUGAAGACGCCGAGUCGCAACGCCCUCUGAGCCCCAUCCAAGAGAAGCCCUCGCGAGGAGGCCGCGGCGCCCAGAAUGUCACGUGGAUGUCGCUGCCCCGAAAGGACCAGCUCCUCAUCCUCUUCUUCGGUCGUCUGGUCGACUUCCUCCAGAUCGCCUCGAUGCAGGCCUACGUCUUCUUCCAGCUCAAGUCGUUCGACCCGACGCUCUCAGACGCCCAGAUCUCCCAGCAGGCUGGUAUCCUGCAGGGAUGCUUCACCGGCGCUCAGGUCCUCACGGCUAUCCUCUGGGGUAAGGCUGCCGACGCCAGCUGGUGCGGCCGCAAGCCGGUCCUCGUCAUUGGCUUCGCCGGCACCGCCCUCUCCUGCCUCGGAUACGGCUUCGCCACCACCUUCUUCUGGGCCGCCUUCUGGAGGGCCUUUGGCGGCAUCAUCAACGGGACCGUAGGUAUAAUUCGUACCAUGAUCGCCGAGAUCACUGUCGAGAAGAAGUACCAGUCGCGCGCCUUCCUCAUCCUCCCCAUGAGCUUCAACAUUGCUGGUAUCCUCGGCCCCAUCAUGGGCGGCAUGCUCGCCGACCCCUCGGCCAACCUGCCGGGCAUUUUUGGUGAAGGUGGCAUCUUUGGAUACCGGUGGAUCCACGACUAUCCCUAUGCCCUGCCCUGCCUUCUCAACUUUCUUUUCCUCUCCAUGGCCACGGCCACCACGUAUCUGUUCCUGGAAGAGACUUCCGUCAAGCUCCAGGGCAAGCACGACAGGGGCCUCGAGCUCGGCGACCGUAUCCGGGCCUUCUUCAACUGCGCCGGCAGGGAUCGCAGCGGCUAUUCGCGCGUCGGCCACGGCGACAACGCUGUGCCCCUCGACACCCUGGACAAGGCUGGUGCCGAGAAGCCCAAGAAGGUGGGCGACGUCCUGCCCUUCCACCGUCUCUGGACCCGCAACGUCGUCUUCACCCUCGUCACCGGUGCCUUCUACGACUUCCACCUCGGCGCCUUCACCAACAUCUGGUCACUCUUCCUGUCGACGCCCCGCCAGCUCACGGCCGGCGAGCCUGUCCAGCCCAAGCGCCGCGACCUCCCCAUGCUGUUCACCGGCGGCCUCGGCAUGCCGGCAUCCACUGUCGGCGUGGCCACUUCGAUCCUCGGUAUCCUGGGCAUGACUCUCCAGGUCACCCUGUACCCUCCUAUCCAGGCCCGUCUGGGAACCAUCCGCUCAUUCCGCUGGUUCCUGCCCCUCUUCCCGCUCGCCUACUUCGUCGCCCCCUACCUGUCCGUCCUGCCUUCGACCUCGGAGGCUCCAGCCCCGGCGUCGGGCAUGGUCAUCUGGGGCGGCAUCGUCGUUGUGCUGCUCCUGCAGGUGACGGCCCGUACCUUCACGCUGCCCGCGAGCAUCAUCCUGCUCAACAACUGCAGCCCGCACCCGACCGUGCUGGGCACCAUCCACGGCCUCGGCCAGAGCGUGUCGGCCGGCUUCCGCACCGUCGGGCCCGUGGUAGGCGGCUGGUGGUACGGAUAUGGCCUCGACAUCGGAAUGGUUGCCUGGGGCUGGUGGCUCGUAGCGGCCAUGUCCGUCGUGGGCUGCGUCACCGCUCUGGGCAUGCACGAGGGCAGCGGUCACGAGAUCUACCUGCCUGGAGAGCGUGAAGAAGAGGAGUGA